UGAGAAUUCGCCAACUUCCGGCAAUACUGGAAUCAAAGAAGACCUUCGAAGACCUUUGAAUUGAAUGUUUGGAAAUUUGGAAUGGUUUUUUAAAUGUGAUUCUGUUGUGAGAAAAGAGAAAAUAUGUGUGAAGAAUUUUCAGACAAGAUAAAGAUCAAAGCGGAUAUUGAAGAAGUAAUUGUAAAUCCGGACAAGGUUCAACCCAUUAUUGUUAAUUUUCAAAAUGGAGAACUCAAAGAUGAAGAGGCUAAGAAAAUGGAGUGCGGUCUAUUCUACGACUCCAAGAAAAAUAAAAGGACCUUGGCUCUUUCAAAUGGACAGAUUGUUUACAGAGGUUAUAAGCCCGACACGAGUCAAGAUUUAAUGCGCACCAUGCUUGUUCUUCAUAACAAAAAGACAGGCAAAGUUCGAAUGGUCCAUGUUGAACGAUGGCAGGUGACUCCUGUAUUGGAAAAACCAGUGACGGAAAAUGGUUCAGCAACAACGCAUGAAAAGGUUGCUAUGUUGAAUAAACAAUUUGGUUCGAAAAAGAUGAAGCGAAAAACAGAACAAUUUGAGAAACUGAAAGUAAAUGUUGACUUUGUUAAAGAGCAAUUAGAGCAAACAGUGAUCGAUGUUGAGAUUGACAAAAAUGAUUUGUCAGUGCAACUAGCAAACAACGAGUACAUAACAAAUACUACUUUGCCAAAAUGUAAUAGGGAAGCAAAAACUGUAAAAGAUGUUUAUGAUAUAUAUGAUAUCAUACCACAGGAGAAGUUAGAAACUCUUUAUGAUAAAGCUAUAGAAACUCUAAAUGAUGAUUCUAGUUUAGUAGGGGGAUCAAAAUUCUUCCAUAGGACAAUAAAGUUCUUGCACACAGACCCAGACAAGACCAAAAAGACAGCUUUACUGCUUUAUAUACAAGCAGUUGCAUCAUGGUUAAAUAUGCCCAUGAAAGAUGGUAAAAAACGAGGUAUUGAAGUUUGUGAGGCUUCGCAAGAGGUGAAUUCGCAUAUACUAGACACAUAUAGUGUACAAAGCACAACUGGAAGAUUAAGACCAGCCAGUAUUAAAGAUAAAGGAGUGAUACACUGUAUGAUUUUAGCUUUAAUAAUUUGCAAUUUUAUAUUAGAUAUAGAAUUGCUUGCAACAACAUUUAGUCAUAAAAUUGGUAUGAAAAAAUUAUUAGAUCUUGCCAGAAUUAUUGGUGCUACGUCAACAAAGGAAGACAAGAAGAUUAUUACUUUAAAAAUUCCAUUGCCACCGGCAGCUGUUCUAAGAAGAAGCAAAAGGAAAUAAUUUUAUGAGAAGUGAAAUCUUCUUCAAGAUAUAUUUGUACAAAUAAAAUAUAUUUAAAUAUUAAGACACUUUUUAAUAUCGCGAGAAAAUUGAGCCAUACUUAGUGUGCUUUAUUAGAAUUAUCAAAUAUUAUAUAAUUUUAUUAAAAUUAUCAAAUAACUUGCAAUAAUACAGUAGAAAGUAUGCGUGUGUGAAUAAACAUAAUUGAAAUUACCAACAACAGGAUCUCGUGUGUAUGACUCGAUUCAGUACUUGAUCACAUGAAUGUUAAAUAUUGCAUCUAUUUUAUUAAACAUUAUAAUUUUAAUCUAUGUACGGGGUAAUUAGAACUAUUCGAAAUACAAAUCUAAAUGCUUGAAA